AUGGGCCAUCUAUUAUUCAAUCUUCCGAGUCUCACCGUCAGUUCCACACAAACAGACUCUCCCUCACUGCGCCGCGACGCCACGAGAAGGGCCGCACCAUUUGUCUUUGUUUCGCAGCACCUAGCACCCAAGAACAUGAGUGAUGAUGACUUGCACACGCCACCGAGGCCAAAGCUACCAUGGCAGCAGUUGACGAUUUUAGCUGUUGCAAGAUUUGCUGAACCCAUCGCCACAACAUCUAUAUAUCCAUACCUUCCUCAGAUGGUCCGCGACUUCGGCGUGGAGGAAACAGAAGUCGCAAAAUGGGCCGGCCUUACGUCCGCCGUUUUCUCAGUCUUCCAGAGUUUCGCUGCGGUGCCUUGGGGGAAAAUAGCAGACUCAUGGGGCAGGAAACCAAGUCUGAUCACUGGCUUGGUUUGCACCAUGGCCUGCUUUAUUGUAUGGGGAGUGUCGACCAGCCUACCCAUGGCCAUUACCGUGCGUGCCAUCCAGGGAGCAAGUAAUGGAAAUGUUGGAAUUAUUCGAACCAUGGUGGCGGAACUUGUGCCCGAGAAAGAGCUCCAGCCAAGAGCAUUCUCCAUCAUGCCCCUUGUCUGGUCAUUGGGCUCAGUUGUCGGUCCAGCAUUUGGCGGGUUCUUUGCAGACCCUGCCAAACAGUAUCCUUCAGUGUUUGGGGGUGUGUGGUUCUUUGAGAAAUUUCCAUAUGCUCUUCCCAACUUGAUUGCUACCGUCUUCUUCCUCAUAUCUGUCACUAGCGCGACGCUUUUUCUCAAGGAAACACUUACUGCGAAACGAGAUGAGCGAGACUGGGGGCUGUUAUUCGGCAAGCGUCUUGGCCGAGCAUUGAAGUGGAACAGGAGACGGGACAGGAGACGUAGAUCCUUUGUAGACGGCGAGGCAACCGCCCCUCUCGUCCCCAACCAAAUUCGGCACAAGAAAGGACACGACUCGUCAACCCCAGGAUCCCUGGAGAUCUUUACGCAGCAAAGCAGUCUUAUUACGCUGGCAUACUUCUUCCUUGCCUUCCACUCUGUCGCCUAUGAUCAAAACGUCACAGUCUUUUUAAACUACCCUGUCAAGGAGCACACUCCGGAAAAUACACGACUCCCCUUCUACUUCAAUGGCGGAUUUGGCCUGGAGUCGGGGAGGAUUGGGACCAUCUUCAUGCUAUAUGGCAUCACAUGUGGUCUUGUCCAGUUUAUUCUCUUUUCUCCCAUGGUCACCCGAUGGGGUGUUCUGAACUGCUACAAAGCCUGCUUAGUAGGUGUCAUCAUGCCAAUGGUCUACAUCCUCACGCCCUAUACAUCCUUAUUCCCAACCUCCGAAACGCGACUUAUGGGCCUUGCCUUUGUCCUCAUGCUCAAAGCCUUUUCGAUCAUCGUUGCUUUCCCCGCCGUCACCAUUCUGCUUACUAAUUCGGCCAAAUCGUUGAGAAUCUUGGGUACUUUGAAUGGCUUCGUCACCAUGUUUAGUGGCUUCGGCAGAGCUCUAGGCCCUGCUAGCACUGGGCUGGCUUUCACUUGGGGUGCAAAGCAUGGAUACGUUGUCACGGCAUACUUCUUCCUGGCGGUCAUGGCUGUUCUAGGAGCCAUUCCCGUCUUCUGGGUUGUAGAGGGUAACGGCCCGACCGCAUCCGUUGAAAACAGCGAUACUGAAGAUAAUGGAACUCCCGUUAGCAGCCGCAUUCUUGUGGAUGAAUCUGCGAUUGACGACUCUGACGUCGAAUCCCAUGAAUCGGAACCCUUGCUUGGAAACUCUAAAAAAGGAGCACCCUAUGGAGCUGCAAAGACUAGACUCCAAAACUAA